UAUAUAUAUGGCAUCAUCAUCAGUGACCUCCCAUAUUUUAAGCCAGUAACGUCAUGUAAAUCUUGUUGGAGUCCGCCAUUUUCCAGUGUGUAGCCUAUGCGUAACUGCUAAUAUAGCGUGUAAAAUGUCUGCGUCAUCAGAAAGACCUGAAAACUAUGAUUUAAUUAAUGACAAUCAUCAGGAUUACAACAGCUUUUCUGUAAAUGGGGAAAAUCAACAAUCAGCAAAUCGACAGUUCGAAGCUAAUUGGUUCUCACCGUCGUUAACGUCGACUCAGAUCGUAUCAUUUGAUGUGAUAGAUUCAGAUGAUGAUGCACAACGUGACAUUCUAUUAACAUAUGAAAAGGAAAAUAUAUUUGAAGAUAUUUCACAGGAAGAGAAUGCCAACCCAGCAGACCUGUCCUUCCUACCCACUUCAACUGAUCAGCCAAUGGUUUCUGAAACUCCUCCACCUCUAGGAAACUUACCUGGUUGGGACACCAUUAAUCCUUCAGAUUAUUUAUUCAACAGUACCGGACAUUUUAAAAGCCUCCAAAAACAAACAUCGAAAGCAGCUACCAAAAGGCAGUCCACAUCAACACAAAACAAGAAAUCAUCUAAAAUGAAGAAAGUGAAACUAGAAGGCUACAGUUGUAAACUAAAUGGUGCCGUCUACCAUGUUGUGGACAGAGACUUAGAUGUACUGGAAGCUAUAGAGAAGGGCCUAAAACACAUACAACAAACAAUGCGUCAACACUAUAUGUGUAAUGUGAGACACCUAUCUUUUCAGCUAACUCAGAUUGAAACUGUUUUAGCAAUUCUUGAUGAUGAACAGCUUGGAUUAGGGAUGCCACUUGAGGAAUGGAAUGAAAUGUUGAUACAUACAAAAAAAAAAUUUCAAGAUACUCAACACGAAAUUGACGCGUGCAGAAGGAGGACAUUCGAGCUUGAUACUUCUACCGAUGAAUUGACUCAUUCCUUUUCUCAGAGCUUAAGCAUCUCCAGUUCAAAUCAGCGCCUGCAACAACAGCACAUCAGCGACAUCAGGUACGUGGAGAAAAAUCAAGCGAAAAUUAUUGCAAAAUCCAUUAAUUUUGAGUCAUUAACCAUCAGAACCAGUAACCAAAUUUCCAUUGGGGGUUGUGGACACGACACCCAAGUUAUUAGCUCGUCACAGAUACCCAACAGCCUUACAAACGACACAGGCAUACUUCUCCAGACUUCGUCAACGCAAAGAAUGGAAAGAAAUGUCCUGUCGGUUAAAAGCAAAACGAAUCCAAAGAAGAAACCCAACGAUGUACCACAUACAUCUAUUAUACUGAACGCAAAAAGGCACCAUUCAACUUCGACGAGGGAAAAGUACCUUCAGUUCAUAUCAGCCACGGACGAUACCCGACUUCCCAGCGAUAUGUUGAAUUUAGCACCAGUUCAGUAUUUAGUCCCUGCUUCCGAUUCAACGGCCUAUUGCUCACGGAAAACACUCGCCAUAGAAGAAAACCAAUCAACCAACAGGCAGGCUAGCAAAGCUCUCGAAGCACUACCGGAUGUUGCAGAUUCGACCGCGUACGACAAUGAAUCCAUUCGAAUUUCUAAUGAAAUCCUAGGAAACAACCAACCAUCAAAUCACACUCCAGAUUCCUUUCACGUCUCUCCUGACGACGACGACCUGCCACCAAUGGAAAAAGAAGUAGUCAGUAAAUUUGACAGAGUUAUAGACGGUCAGGAUGACCUUUUCGGUAUUGAAGAAUCGCAUUGUUCAUCACAAUUUACUUUCCUUGGAAGCAAGAACCGUACACCCACUAUAGUAAAGAUCGGUUUCCAUCUUCGCCCAUUCGUUUUAAACGGAGUUCUAUGCCCUGGAAAAAAUAACAUGAAGUUGACUAUCAACAGUCGUAUCUACGUAGGUUCUCUUGCCGCUGAUGGGACUAUUGAAAUGAAUGGCUUUAAUUUCAGAACCAUAGGGAAUUGGAUAAAAUCGGUUGAAGGGAAACCAUUUUCGAAGUUGUCGAAGUUAGUUCAGAGAACGUUAGAUUUGCAAUAUAAUGGGAAAUCUCUAGGACAGGUUCUUGAGGUGGACGAGCCAUUAAGAAGUACAGUUACGAGAAUUCCUUCCACCGACAACAUCGCUCAAGUUUCCAUAUCACAUCCUCCAAUGGCAGAGAGCAACUUUGUCCAGAAAAGGUUUCCUGUUUCUCCACCUGCCAUAAAAAAUCCCACGCCAUACCCUGCAGGGACAGUUAGUAAACUUGUGCAUACAAUUGCCAGUAUAUCGAACACGAAAGAUCUGCAGUUGGUUCCCGAGGAAAUGACGCGCCACAUCAAAACCAUUUUCCUUCACGCUCAGGACGAGUAUUUUCCCAUUUGUAAGUGCUCUGAACAGUUCUGGUGCGGUACACAGCCGUUUCCCAAACACAUUUUGGACGAGGUCGAUUCUUGGAAAUAAGACAUAAGAUAUAUUCCAUUGAUUCUGUUGUCUCCCUACGAAUUAUCUUAUAACUGAAUAAAAGUUUGUCAAUAAAGA